UCUCAGUUCGUUUUAUUGUUUUCAGUUCUGUGAGGAUUUUCCUUUUUGCUUUUUUAAUUAAUUUGUAGCAGUUAUCUGGUUUGUGAUCCUUUUCUCUCGUUCGUUAUGGAUAGUAGUGGUGGUAACGGACAUCCCUCAUCCAGCACUUGCGCUCCCCUGUUUAUUCUGUCGCGUUCAGAUUUCGAACUUCGCGUUUGGGAAGAAGAUGAAGUCCAGUCAGCAGUUUAUCGAACAACAUUAAUCGCCGACAUUGGAACGCUGAAACUUAUAAGAUCAGACGACCAGCAGCAUGUUGUCAUCGUAUUUUCGAAAACUACUCUCGUCGACAAGGCUGGACGUCAAAGUGGCAGUGAUGUAAGGAUAUCCGUGCACCGUGACAGAUGGAAUGUAUCUGCAGCAGAAAUCGGAAUAUCUUCUAUUUCAUCACGCGAUGUGCUGAUGAGUUGCCGCGGUACCGUUCCCCUUAACCUUGAUUCUUACACCUUGAUGGAUGAAAAAAUUGCGGAGAAUUCGGAGGAGAAGAUGCAUUCGUUUUUGAUACGAUUUGACAAUUGUCUGCGUCGCGUCGAAUUUCUUCGAUGUCUGAGAAACGCGCUUCACGGUCUAGGGAAAAAUUCGUUUAUUCCCAGUGAUAACAAUGGAAAUAUCGCAACCACUCUGGAACUUAAUAGCCAUGAUUCCGUCUCGGACAUGGCUAAUCCGACGAGUGGAACUUGUGCUACAGCGCCGGAUCCAGUUACAACCAGUGCAAACGGAGUUCAGAACGCAUCGGAGAUUGUGCUAACGCGGAAAAGGAAACGCAAGCAAAAUGUUGUUGGAUCUCGCAAGGAUCGUCGGGUGAAAUUAAAAGACUCCGCUUCCGGAAUUUCCAGUUGUGAACAUUUGAAUAAUGAUGUGAUUCGAUAUGCUCAACUUCACGGCUGCCAGCAAGCCUGUGAUAAAUUCGGAAUGGACACCAGAGAUCUGCGCGAUCGUGUUUUCGAAUUGUUCAGCAAAACCGGCCGAUACAGCGCUGUUAAUCGUGAUCAUUCUCCGUCUCAUAUUACCCAACCAUUGCUGACUUGUUUCGCUGCCGAUGAAGUUUUCUUGCUUCAGAAGCUUAUGGAGAAAGCAUCGGAACUGGCAAAAGCUAAAAAACCACGCAGGCCCUUUGAGCCGACGCUCAAAUGGGCCGCUCGUUUUGUUCUGUAUCAUAAUUUGCGGAAUGUGGAAUGCAAUGAUACGGAGGAUAUUUUACGCUUGGCGGAAUUCCCGUUGAUCCCACCAAGUGAUGCCUUUAAAAUCCUAAGCGGUGGGGCGGCAGAUGCGCCGGCAACCAAAUGGGAAUUGCGCCGAUAUUUUGUGGAUUUUGCCGAUAAGACGUCGCUGCGGGUUGCCGCUGAGCUGUUCAACAUACCGAAAUCGACGCUGUCCGAGUGGUGCAAUAAAUUAAAUGGUGCUGAUGGGAAAAGUUUACCUUCUGGUUCGGGGAGGGCGAUCACAUAUUCAAAGGAUGCGGACAAUAGGCUUGUUACGUGGAUGUUGCAGGAAUGUCGGCGCGGAAAUAAAGUAACCGUUAGCGAUUUGCAAAGAAAAGCAAAAGAAGUGAUUGGAGAAGAAAUUCCUGACUUCCGUGCUAGCCGUGGCUGGGUUCAUUCGUUCUGUCGGCGACAUAAAGUGAAGUUUCCCAUAAUUAAUGGCGGCUCGAUAGACGGUGUGACAUCGCAGUGCUCGCCACAUGAUAAUGUAAUGGACAACGAAGAUCUGGAAUUGUUUAGCAGUGUUCUCAAUGAAUUGCUUUGUGAUCAUUUCUGGUCAGAUGCCACUGAUUGAUCGGAACGUUUGUGAUAUGCGUGCGUAGUGACACCAUGACAAUAUUGGAUCUUUUCAUUUUGCUUAGCUAGAAUUUUGUUGCUUUUGUAUAUAGCUUGAAGGUGACCGUACAUACAAAUUUUUAAUAUUUUCUUCUCUUAUAUUGUUUGAAUUGAACUAUGCCGUAGUGGUUCUUUAAAGGGGGAUCGCAUCGAAGCACUGACAUUCGAAUAUUUGUCAACAAAUCACUUAUUAGUGGAGAAAA